GGCGGAUGGAGCAGCUGGAGCUCGUAUAGCGCAUGCUCAGUGACCUGUGGUUAUGGUAAGAUGACAAGGCGAAGAUACUGUAACAACCCCGCCCCCACAAAUGGCGGGAAAGACUGUGAUGGAAGUUCUGGCUUCACUGUCGUCUGCAAGAAUGUCAACUGUCCAGUUGAUGGUGGCUUCAGCAAGUGGUCUUCUUGGUCUCCCUGCUCCAAGAACUGUGGUGGAGGAACUCAGGCCAGAGGAAGGUUGUGUAACAGCCCGGCUCCAAAAGACGGUGGCAAGAAAUGUGUUGGAUCCUACACACAAACUCAGACUUGUAAUUCCCAAGGCUGCGCUGUAAACGGUAAUUGGGGUAAAUGGGGCGCCUGGACAACAUGCUCAAAUCCCUGUGGGACAGGCAAACAAACCCGCAAACGCUUGUGUAACAACCCAGCGGCCAAGAACGGAGGAAAGGAUUGCGUGGGAGUAGACAUCGACGGACAAUACUGUAACACACAGGCCUGCCCAGUACAUGGGAACUGGGGAUCGUGGGGUAAAUGGACGAAGUGUUCCAAGGAAUGCGGAACUGGGAAGCAAACGAGAGCGAGGACGUGCUCCAAUCCAGCACCUAAAUAUGGCGGGAAAGACUGCGCUGGGGUAGAUCUGGACGGCCGCUACUGCAACACACAGAAAUGUGCCGUGGAUGGAGGUUGGACCGACUGGACUCCUUACAGCGCAUGCUCAGUGACCUGUGGCUUCGGAAAAAUGACUAAGCGCCGAUCAUGCACCAAUCCAGCCCCAGCUCAUGGCGGCAAAGACUGUGAUGGAAGCUCUGGGUACACCAUAACCUGCAAAAAUAUCAACUGUCCCGUGGACGGUGGUUUCAGUAAGUGGAGUUUCUGGACUCCGUGUUCUGCCUCGUGUGGUGGCGGAUCACGUGCCAGAGGAAGAUUGUGUAACAGCCCCAAACCACAAUAUAGCGGGAAGAACUGCACCGGAGAUUACAUUCAGAGAGACAAAUGUAACGCACAGGAAUGUCCAAUUGAUGGAGGUUAUUCCGGCUGGGGUCAAUGGGACACUUGUUCAGUGACAUGCGGUGGAGGAACGAAACAGAGAACCCGCACCUGCACAAAUCCCGCCCCUAAAUUUGGCGGGAAAGAUUGCACGGCGGCUUCCUCACAAACCACGACCUGUAACCAACAGGAAUGUCCCAUUGAUGGCAAAUUUGGCGAUUGGUCGGAUUGGGGAACUUGUACAGUCACAUGCGGAGGAGGUGAACAGAAACGCAGCAGGAAAUGUACAAAUCCAGCGCCACAGUUCGGCGGAAAACCAUGCACAGGGGACACAACCGAAGCUAGAGACUGCAAUACACUAAACUGUCCAAUUGAUGGUGGUCUGACUGAAUGGACCCAGUUUGAUACGUGUUCUGUGACAUGUGGAGGUGGAUCUCAGAAGAGAACUCGCGCCUGUACCAAGCCCGCCCCUCAAUUUGGUGGCAAAGACUGCUCUGGUGACUUGAACCAUGCUCAGGAUUGUAAUGACCACCCUUGUCCCAUUGACGGUGGCUACACUGCUUGGACUGACUGGGAGAAAUGCUCUCUUACCUGUGGAGGUGGACUGCAGAAGCGAUCUCGUACGUGUACUAACCCCGCCCCUCAACAUGGCGGAGCUUCCUGUUCCGGUGCAGAUUCUGAGAUUCAGGACUGUAACACACAAAACUGUCCAAUUGAUGGAGGCCUUACUGACUGGGGUAAAUGGGGCACCUGCAGCGUGUCCUGUGGUGGCGGAUCCCAGGAAAGAACACGCACGUGUACAAAGCCCGAGCCUCGUUAUGGCGGUGCAGAUUGUACUGGGGACCUGAAGGAAAGCCAAGAUUGCAAUACCCAGAACUGUCCAAUUGACGGCGGGUACAGCGUUUGGAGUAACUGGGACACGUGUUCAGUAACAUGUGGAGGCGGGUCCCAGAGUCGAUCACGCACCUGUACAAACCCCGCCCCACAAUAUGGCGGAAAGUCUUGUAGUGGGGAUCCUACACAAAACAGAGAUUGCAACACCCAGGAAUGUCCAAUUGAUGGUGGCUACUCUGAGUGGGCAGACUGGACCCAAUGUUCUCAAACAUGUGGGGGCGGAUCACAGGAGCGAGAGAGGACGUGUACUAACCCUGCUCCUCAAUUCGGCGGGAAAGCUUGUGUCGGUGUAGCUGAUGAAAUUCAGGACUGCAACUCCCACAAGUGCCCAAUUGACGGAGGAUACACUAAAUGGUCUGAUUGGGAACCUUGCUCAGUCAGCUGUGGGGGCGGAUCUCAGAGCAGGUCAAGGUCAUGUUCUAAGCCCAGUCCCCAGUACGGAGGGGCUCCAUGUGUCGGCGACAACAAAGAGUCACAACACUGUAACACACAGUUCUGUCCAAUUGACGGAGGUUACACCGAUUGGUCCAAAUGGGACACAUGUUCUGUGACGUGCGGUGGGGGCACACAAAAGCGAACUCGUUUCUGCACCAACCCAGCCCCGCAAUACGGUGGCGCAGCUUGUUCCGGUGAUAACAAGGAAAAUCAGGACUGCAACACACAAGCUUGUCCAAUUGACGGAGGCUUCACUGAUUGGUCCGCCUGGGACACGUGCUCUGUAACAUGUGGCGGAGGAAGUCAAGGUAGAACUAGAACUUGCACAAACCCGGCUCCACAGUAUGGCGGCGCCGACUGUUCUGGUGACAGCAAGGAAAGUCAGGCAUGCAAUGAACAGAACUGCCCAAUUGAUGGUGGUCACACUGAUUGGUCAGCAUGGGACACGUGUUCUGUCACAUGUGGUGGAGGAAGUCAGGGUCGAUCAAGAACGUGCACAAACCCGGCCCCACAAUAUGGCGGAGCAGAUUGUACAGGACCUUCUUCUCAGACCGAUGACUGCAAUACGCAUAACUGUCCAAUUGAUGGUGGGUUCACCGAUUGGUCGGCCUGGGACACGUGUUCUGUCACUUGUGGUGGCGGAUCACAGAGACGCACGAGAACGUGUACAAACCCCGCCCCUCAGUACGGUGGAGCUUCCUGUAUUGGAGACGAGAGCGAAGUUCAGGACUGCAACACCCACUUCUGUCCAAUUGAUGGUGGUUUCACUGAUUGGUCGGCCUGGGACACAUGCUCUGUGACCUGUGGAGGCGGAUCACAGGGCAGGACAAGGACUUGCACAAACCCCGCCCCUCAGUAUGGAGGUGCUGAUUGCACAGGGACCAAGUUUGAUGAACAGACCUGUAAUGAGCACCACUGUCCCAUUGAUGGAGGAUAUACAUCAUGGAAUGAUUGGUCCGCCUGUUCCGUGACAUGCGGCGGAGGAUUACAGAACCGAAGCAGAACCUGUACAAAUCCGCCACCACAAUAUGGCGGUGCUACAUGUAGUGGGGAUCCUGACGAGAUCCAAGACUGCAACACACACAAUUGUCCUAUUGACGGAGGAUUCACGGACUGGUCCGGUUGGGAUACUUGUUCCGUCACAUGUGGUGGCGGAUCCCAGGGCAGAACUAGAACCUGUACAAAUCCGGCACCGCAGUAUGGUGGCGCUGCAUGUGUGGGAGCUGAUAACGAGGCUCAGGAUUGUAACACACAAAAUUGUCCAAUUGACGGAGGCUUCUCUGAUUGGUCCGCCUGGGAUACCUGUUCUGUCACGUGCGGAGGAGGAAAUCAGGGCAGAACAAGAACAUGCACAAACCCAGCUCCACAAUAUGGCGGCGCUGACUGUACCGGCGAUCUGACAGACACUCAGGACUGCAACACCCAGAAUUGUCCAAUUGAUGGAGGCUUUACGGAUUGGUCCGCCUGGGACACGUGCUCUGUGACGUGUGGCGGAGGUUCUCAAGGUCGAUUGAGGUCAUGCACAAACCCGGUUCCUCAGUAUGGCGGAGCUCAAUGUGUGGAUGACGUUUCGGAAGAACAGGAUUGUAAUACACAUAACUGUCCAAUUGAUGGUGGAUACACAGACUGGAGUGAUUGGGAUCUAUGUUCCGUCACAUGCGGUGGCGGAUCCCAGAACAGAAGCCGUAGCUGUACCAAUCCCAUGCCUCAGUAUGGCGGGGCGGAUUGUACCGGGGAUAGCGAGGAACGUCAGGACUGUAACACACAGAACUGUCCUAUUGAUGGGGGUUUCUCUGAUUGGUCCGCCUGGGACACGUGUUCUGUCACGUGUGGAGGAGGAAGUCAAGGCCGAACCAGAACUUGUACAAACCCCGCACCACAGUACGGCGGCGCCGAUUGUUCUGGUGAUCUAACAGAAAGUCGGGAUUGCAACACAGAUUUCUGUCCAAUUGACGGCGGUUAUACAGAUUGGACAGUUUGGGAUACGUGCACAGUCACGUGUGGAGGAGGUUCACAGACACGCUCACGCACAUGCACGAAUCCGGCACCACAGUACGGUGGGGCAGACUGUUCCAGUCUUGGAGAUGAAUCACAAUCUCAGGACUGUAACACACAGGCUUGUCCAAUUGAUGGUGGCUUCACGGACUGGACAGAUUGGGAUGACUGCACCGUGUCCUGCGGGGGCGGAUCCCAGGGGCGUACCAGAACAUGUACCAACCCCGCCCCUCAACACGGCGGCGCUAACUGUACCGGAGAUUUUGCACAGUCCCAGGACUGCAACACACAAAACUGCCCCAUUGAUGGAGGUUACACUGACUGGACACAGUGGGAUACCUGUACCGUGACAUGCGGGGGCGGAUCCCAGGAGAGAUACCGUAAUUGUACUAAUCCUGUCCCGCAGUAUGGAGGAGCGGACUGCACGGGAGUGGAUGCUGAGAUACAAGUCUGUAACACCAACAACUGUCCAAUUGAUGGAGGCUUUUCUGAUUGGUCAUCAUGGGACACGUGUUCUGUCACGUGUGGAGGAGGAAGUCAAGGUAGAACUAGAACUUGUACAAACCCAGCUCCACAAUAUGGCGGCGCUGAUUGUAGCGGUGAUCUAACAGAGACACAAGAUUGCAACACAGACUUCUGUCCAAUUGAUGGAGGAUACACAAGUUGGACAGUUUGGGACACGUGUACAGUCACGUGUGGAGGAGGGUCACAAACACGCACUCGCACAUGUACCGACCCCUCACCACAGUAUGGUGGAGCUGACUGUUCUAGUCUUGGUAUCGCUUCAGAAACUCAAGACUGUAGCACACAGGCCUGUCCUAUUGAUGGAGGCCUCACUGAUUGGUCCGCAUGGGACACGUGUUCUGUCACGUGUGGUGGAGGAAGUCAAAGUAGAACUAGAACGUGCACCGAUCCGAUCCCACAAUAUGGCGGUGCAGAUUGUACUGGUGACCUGACAGAAACUCAAGACUGCAACAUAGACUUCUGUCCAAUUGAUGGAGGUUACACUAACUGGACUAUUUGGGACACAUGCACAGUCUCGUGCGGCGGAGGAACACAGACACGCACACGUACGUGUACCGACCCUGUACCACAGUAUGGCGGAGAAGACUGUACCAAUCUUGGUGUUGCUUCAGAAACUCAGAAUUGUAGUUCUCAGCCCUGUGCAAUUGACGGAGGCUUCUCUGAUUGGUCCGCCUGGGACACGUGUUCUGUCACAUGUGGAGGAGGAAGUCAGGGUAGAACCAGAACUUGUACAAACCCCGCACCACAGCAUGGCGGCGCUGAUUGUUCCGGUGACACUUCAGAGACUCAAGACUGUAACACACAGGCUUGUGCUGUAAAUGGAGGCUGGAGUGAUUGGUCAGACUGGGGCACGUGUACUAUCACGUGUGGUAACGGUCAGAAGUCCAGGUCUAGGACCUGUACAAACCCAGCACCGCUCAAUGGCGGCCAGGACUGUCUGGGAGAUUCCAGUGAAUUAACAGAUUGUUCAAUGACCACGUGUGGACCACCAACCAAUGGAAACAGUGGACAGUGCCCCGCUGGUUAUUUCGGCUGUUUCUCAGGAGCUAUGACGUGUGUGGAGCAGGCAUUCGUCUGCGAUUGUUCCGGGGAAUGUGACGACGGAAGUGACGAAGACGAGGCGUGGGCCGGAUGUCCUGCCGGACACAUCAACACCUGUAUGGCCAAGGCUGGAGCAGAGCUACCCAGAAUGACACCUGUGAUGACUAUCAUACUAGUUGCUCUUGCAGUUCUGAAGAAUUUGAUGAAUUUUUAACCAUGCCUUCUCUCUCAUAAACUUUCUGUCGUAACAUGCACACUGCUAUGUAUUCUGAUUUUAGAAUGUCACAUUUAUGUUCUUUUGUUGAAUUAAGUGCACGCUUUGUUAUUUGUAAAUUUCCUUGUUUUAUG